CUCCUCCCUUUCUUUGCAAGCCGCUGUGCCCGCAGCAGCAGCAGCAGGAGGAGGAGGAGGCCGGCUGCCGGGGCCGCCGCCGGAGCUCACACGCCAGCCUCUCCCCGCGCUCGCACACGCCCGCCGCAGCGCGGGGCGGAGAGCCCGCCCGGGGGGCUGCCCCUCUGCUCACUCCUGCCUGCACCUCCCUAGGAUGGAAGUGAAGUGAGGAGCUCUGCAGCCUCAACUGAUUUGGCAGAGAGAGAGAGCCCAGCCAAGCCACUGGUGUUUUUUUUUUUUUACCCCGGCAAAGUGCUGAGAAGUUUGUGGAGCACUUUCUAGGAAUUAGCUCCGAAGAAAGACCUGGCUUCUGGAUUACUAUGGACAGCUUUAGCCACCCUUGAAUAAGCCCCUCGGUUUGGCCUGGGGGAAUUUAGCCAGCAGUUGUGUGCAACCCCUCCCCCCCCCCCCCCCACCAAAUUAAAAAAAAAAAAAAAAAGCAGGAGUCUUUUUGGAGCUCUCUCUCUAAUCUGGAUGGAUCUAAAAGUGUCACAUCCAAGACCUUUCCAGCUGCAGCGUCUGCCUUGAAUACCCCUCUCCCUGCCCCUUCACUUUAAUGAACUGCUAGGAGACUAAACUUCUGGACCUACCUCUUCUUAUCAUCAUCAUCAUCACUAUUAUUAUCAUCACAUUCUUUUUUCUUUUUUUUGCUGGGGGGUGGUCUUUGGGAUUGGUCUCUCAAGUGAUCUGGAUUGCUUUUAAUAUGUCAAAAUGGGUCUGCUGACACCACUCCUGCUCUUUGGAUGUAUCUCAUUCCAAGUUCAUGGAUCCCGCCUUCGUCAAGAGGACUUUCCACCCCGGAUUGUCGAGCAUCCUUCAGAUGUGAUAGUCUCUAAAGGAGAGCCAACAACUCUGAACUGUAAGGCUGAAGGAAGACCAACUCCCACAAUUGAGUGGUACAAAGAUGGAGAGCGAGUGGAGACUGACAAAGAUGACCCGCGCUCUCACCGUAUGCUGCUGCCCAGCGGAUCUUUAUUUUUCUUACGUAUUGUACAUGGACGCAGGAGUAAACCAGAUGAAGGAAGUUAUGUUUGUGUAGCAAGGAACUAUCUUGGUGAAGCUGUAAGUCGCAAUGCAUCUCUGGAAGUGGCAUUACUACGGGAUGACUUCCGCCAAAACCCCACUGAUGUUGUGGUGGCAGCUGGAGAACCAGCCAUUUUGGAGUGUCAGCCUCCUCGAGGACAUCCUGAGCCCACUAUCUACUGGAAAAAGGACAAAAUCCGCAUUGAUGACAGGGAUGAGAGGAUCAGUAUACGAGGAGGAAAACUAAUGAUCUCAAAUACGAGAAAGAGUGAUGCGGGCACAUACAUUUGUGUUGGAACAAACAUGGUGGGCGAACGAGACAGCGAUCCAGCAGAGCUCACUGUCUUUGAACGACCCACAUUUCUCAGGAGACCAAUUAACCAGGUGGUCCUGGAAGAAGAGGUGGUAGAAUUCCGAUGUCAAGUCCAGGGAGAUCCACAGCCAACAGUCCGGUGGAAGAAAGAUGAUGCAGAUUUGCCACGAGGAAGGUAUGAUAUCAAAGAUGAUUAUACCUUGCGCAUUAAAAAAGCCAUGAGUACAGAUGAAGGAACCUAUGCAUGUGUUGCUGAGAAUCGAGUUGGGAAGGUGGAAGCCUCUGCUACUCUCACAGUUCGAGCUCGCCCUGUUGCUCCCCCACAGUUUGUGGUGAGGCCACGAGAUCAGAUUGUAGCCCAGGGUCGAACAGUGACUUUUCCUUGUGAAACUAAGGGAAAUCCCCAGCCUGCUGUUUUUUGGCAAAAGGAAGGCAGCCAGAAUCUACUCUUUCCAAACCAGCCUCUCCAACCCAACAGUAGGUAUUCAGUGUCACCAACAGGGGACCUCACUAUUACCAACAUUCAACGGUCUGAUGCAGGCUACUACAUCUGUCAGGCGCUGACGGUUGCAGGAAGCAUUUUAGCAAAGGCUCAACUGGAAGUCACUGAUGUUUUAACAGACAGGCCUCCACCCAUCAUUCUUCAGGGGCCAGUCAACCAGACAUUAGCAGUAGAUGGGACAGCUUUGCUGAAAUGUAAGGCGACUGGUGACCCACUUCCUGUUAUUAGCUGGUUAAAGGAAGGAUUCACUUUCCUGGGCAGAGAUCCUAGAACAUCCAUACAGGAUCAGGGGACCCUGCAAAUUAAAAUGCUACGGCUAUCUGAUACUGGUACUUAUACCUGUGUGGCCACAAGUUCCAGUGGGGAGACAUCUUGGAGUGCUGUGUUAGAGGUGACAGAGUCUGGAGGAGCAACAGUCAGUAAAAAUUAUGAUAUAAAUGACCUUCCUGGACCACCAUCCAAACCUCAGGUCACAGAUGUUACCAAGAACAGUGUCACUUUGUCCUGGCAGCCAGGCACCCCUGGAAGCCUAGCAGCUAGUGCAUAUAUCAUUGAGGCUUUUAGCCAAUCUGUGAGCAAUAGCUGGCAAACAGUGGCUAAUCAUGUAAAGACAACACUCUACACUGUCAGAGGACUCCGGCCCAAUACGAUUUAUUUGUUUAUGGUGAGAGCUAUCAACCCUCAAGGUCUGAGCGAUCCCAGCCCUAUGUCAGAUCCUGUCCGCACACAAGAUAUCAGCCCACCAGCUCAAGGAGUGGAUCAUAGGCAGGUUCAGAAAGAGCUGGGAGAUGUCAUUGUCCGACUACAUAAUCCUGUUGUGCUGACACCCACUACAGUGCAAGUCACCUGGACAGUUGACCGCCAGUCCCAGUUUAUUCAGGGCUAUCGAGUCAUGUAUCGUCAAACGUCAGGACUGCCUUCUCCAACCGUGUGGCAGAAUUUAGAAGUCAAAGUUCCCACCGAGCGCAGCGCUGUCCUAAUCAACUUGAAAAAAGGUGUAACUUAUGAAAUUAAAGUUCGACCAUAUUUCAAUGAGUUCCAAGGAAUGGAUAGUGAAUCCAAGUCUGCCCGUACCACUGAAGAAGCUCCAAGCGCACCUCCUCAGUCCGUGACUGUUCUGACAGUUGGAAAUCACAACAGCACAAGCAUCAGCAUCUCCUGGGACCCUCCACCUCCAGAUCAUCAAAAUGGAAUCAUCCAGGAGUAUAAGAUCUGGUGCCUAGGGAAUGAGACUCGAUUUCACAUCAACAAAACAGUAGAUGCAGCCAUUCGCUCUGUAGUGAUAGGUGGCCUCUACCCAGGUAUUCAGUACCGAGUGGAAGUUGCAGCAAGUACCAGUGCAGGUGUUGGAGUAAAAAGUGAACCACAACCCAUAAUAAUUGGAGGCCGUAACGAAGUUGUCAUCACUGAAAAUAACAACAGCAUAACUGAGCAAAUCACUGAUGUUGUCAAACAGCCUGCCUUUAUAGCUGGCAUUGGUGGUGCAUGCUGGGUAAUUCUGAUGGGUUUCAGCAUCUGGCUGUAUUGGCGAAGAAAGAAGAGAAAGGGGCUCAGCAAUUAUGCCGUUCAGUCCUUCACCUUCACCCCUGCAGUUACUUUUCAAAGAGGAGAUGGAGGACUAAUGAGCAAUGGAAGUCGGCCAGGUCUGUUGAAUGCAAGCGAUCCCAGCUAUCCGUGGCUUGCAGACUCUUGGCCUGCCACCAGUCUUCCAGUAAAUAACAGCACCAGUGGACCUAAUGAUCUUGGGAAUUUUGGUCGUGGAGAUGUGCUGCCACCAGUGCCAGGCCAAGGCGAUAAAACUGCCACUAUGCUUUCUGACGGAGCCAUUUACAGCAGCAUUGACUUUACCACCAAAACAAGUUACAACAGUUCCAACCAAAUAACACAGGCUACGCCAUAUGCCACCACCCAGAUACUGCACUCCAACAGCAUCCAUGAGUUGGCAGUCGAUUUACCUGAUCCCCAAUGGAAAAGUUCAAUUCAGCAAAAGAAUGACCUCAUGGGAUUUGGUUACUCUCUGCCGGACCAAAGCAAAGGCAACAAUGCCUUACUUUACAUCCCUGACUACCGAUUGGCUGAGGGAUUGUCUAAUAGAAUGCCACACAACCAGUCACAGGAUUUCAGCACUACCAGCUCUCACAACAGCUCAGAAAGAAGUGGCAGCCUCUCAGGUGGUAAAGGAGGGAAGAAGAAGAAAAAUAAAAAUGCUUCCAAACCCCAGAAAAAUAAUGGUUCGAACUGGGCCAACGUCCCCCUCCCACCCCCUCCAGUGCAACCCCUCCCAGGCACAGAACUAGAACACUAUGGGGUGGACCAGCAAGAAGCAGGCUAUGACAGUGAUGGUUGGUGUCCCCCUUUGCCAGUUCAAACAUAUUUACAUCAGGGCAUGGAGGAUGAGCUUGAAGAAGAUGAUGACAGAGUCCCUACGCCUCCUGUCCGAGGGGUGGCCUCCUCACCUGCAAUCUCCUUUGGACAACAGUCUACUGCAACACUCACACCAUCUCCACGAGAGGAAAUGCAGCCAAUGCUUCAAGCCCAUCUUGAAGAAUUAACCAGGGCCUACCAGUUUGACAUAGCAAAGCAAACGUGGCAUAUCCAAAGCAAUACUCAACCUCCUCAGGCUCCAGUUCCACCACUGGGAUAUGUAUCUGGAAACCUUAUUUCAGAUUUAGAAACAGAUGUUCCAGAUGAUGAUGAGGAUGAUAUUGAAGAGGAAGCUAUAGAAAUAACUAGGCCACUAAGAGGUCUAGAGCAUACACCAGGAUCCAGCAUGGACAAUCUAGACAGCUCUGUGACAGGUUCAAUGGUAAAUGGAUGGGGUUCUGCGUCUGAUGAGGACCGUAACUUUUCUAGUCAUAGAUCUAGUGUAGGUAGCUCCUCAGAUGACUCCAUCUUUACCAGCGGCAGUUUUGCACAAGCACUGGUUGCAGCAGCAGAUAAAGCUGGUUUUAGGCUGGAUGGAACCAGCCUGACAAGAACAGGCAAGGCAUAUCCUUCUUCUCAGAGACCUCGGCCAAGCAGUCCAUUUUCUACUGAUAGCAACACAAGCGCAGCUGUGAAUCAGAGUCAGAGACCUAGGCCUACUAAAAAACACAAGGGAGGCAGAUUGGACCAACCCCCAUUGCCACACCGUAGGGAAGGAAUGACAGACGAUCUUCCACCACCACCAGACCCGCCCCCUGGUCAGGGUUUAAGGCAGCAGAUAGGCCCUGGCCAACGCGGAGGUUCGGCAGAGAGAAAAGGAAGUUCUCUUGAGAGGCAGCAUACAUCCAACAUAGAUGAAACAAAGAGCUCAUUGGAUCGUCAAGCUAGAACAUCAUUAGAAUGGCAGCGACAAACCCAGGAAUGGAUAAGCUCCACAGAACGUCAAGAAGAUUUAAGAAAAGCCCAACACAAACAAGCAUUUGGAUCAGAGGAGGCACUGGUGCCAUAUAGUAAACCCAGCUUCCCAUCCCCAGGUGGUCACAGUUCUUCAGGAACUGCAUCUUCUAAAGGAUCAACUGGACCCAGAAAAGGUGAAGUCUUGCGAGGAGGUCACCAACGCAAUGCCAGUGACCUUCUAGAUGUAGGCUAUGUGGGAUCAAACAAUCAAGGACAGUUUACUGGUGAAUUAUAGUAGUUAAGAAGAGACAUCCCAAGCUGCUCUGAUGGACCAUCAGGUCUGAACUCAUGGAAGUGAUGACACUAAACAGUGCAAUGAACAUUUUCUUUAUUUAUGUACUAUUAAAAGAACUGUAAAUGCAAUGUAAAGACACACAGCCACACAUAUCCCACAGAUACUUUACUUGUGUUCUUCUCUUUAAUACACCAUCCACCUUAAACUAUUUCUUGUCAGGAGUAUAUAAAAAAGAAAGAAAAAAAAUCACCCUGAAGGAUGAAAAGGAUUUCCCUCUGUAUAUAAUUUCUUUUGUUGCAUUGCUAUGCAAGCUCACCUUUUUAGCUAUGUUCAUAUUAUUGUCUGUUUUAAUUGGUCUGUUGUACUAUAUGUGAAUUAAUAGGCUGUGGUGCCAUAUAUUAACUUUUAAUUGUGUAACUUUUAUGUUUAAAGUUUGCACUGCAAUUUUAUUUGGUGAUAAGCACAAAACUCUACUCCUCGUGACAUGAAGAAGAAAAAAAGACUGAAUGUGUGAAGAACGUUUAUGUGCUGUGAACUUUGUUGGAUAACAUUGGAUGUAAUGGAGUAUGUUAGAUGGUUUUCCAUUGGGGUGUAGAAAUAGGAAGAUGACAGGCAAAAUUGAUGUUAGUGAAGACAUCAGGGACAGAAUUAAAUUGUGUAAUAAAAAGCAACAUGGUUGCUUUUACUAUUUAAAAAGGGGUCAAAGGAUGGAAAUAUGAGUUUCAAAAGUGAAUAUGAAGAAAAGAGUAUAGCAUGAGAUGGACCUUUGAAUAGAAUCAGAAAGUUCUCAACUCUUAAUAUCAGUUUUUACCCACCAAAUGCAACUGAAUAAGAGGGGGGGGACCCUUGCAGCAAAUUCAAGGAAUUAAGGUGUUUCACUAAAGCGUUUUUAUAUUGCAGUUUAAACAAGGAUUACCAUAAUUAAUUUCUCCAACCCAAACUAUAAUGCCAAGAUCUCCCAGAAAAAAAAACAACAAUAUGAACUCUAGGAAUAUCAAGCAAGUAGUUAAAGAUGCAGUUUAUUACUGAGAUAUAUUCAGGCUGCUUCCAAAAAAAGAAAUAUGUCAAAAUAUCUUAUUUCAUCUUUCCAAUACAUGUACAGUACAGAGGAUAGAGCUGCACCACUGAAAUUCAUGACAUUAAUUGUUUUUAUGCAGUCUCAACAAGUCUUUGUGUUUCAUUAACUGAAGUCCUCAAUAUCUGAAGUGAAAUCCACUGAAUCAAUAGUAAAAAAGUAUUAGCAUUUGAAAAGAAAGCAAGUUUGUAGGAAAUAUGUUUCUUGCAAUUUGAUACAUUCUCAAAAAUUGGAUGCAAACAAAGAAAAUCUUGGACCUAUUUCUAAGGCUUGGAUUUAAAUUCUACAAUAAUGAGAAAAUAACGCAAGUUUAUACGCUUUUUGAAUAAACCAAACUCUGUAAGUGGACAUUAAUAACAGUAUCCUGUCUCAUCAUUAGUUUCCAUGACUUAGUUUAAAUUUCAUAAACCCCUGAAAUCUCAGUGACUAAGAUGUCAACUAUUAGAAACAUGUACAUGUAGAGCACAUUCAUUCAAUACUUAAUUUAAAUAUUUCUUUCUACAGCUUUUUUCUGUUAGCUAUUUGAUCAUGAACACAAGUUUGCAUUUAUACACUUUUUAAGUAUAACCAGUCUAUGUUGUUGUUUAUAUUGCCUUGAGCUCACCAGUAUUAAGUACACUUUUAGUGAUGGAAAAAUCCUAGGACAAGUAAAUUAUACUGCUAAAUUUAUGUGUUGCUUUUCAUUCCAUUAAAUUGUUCCAUGAUAAGAUAAAACACUGCAGUUAUCAUUUUUAACUCAGCACUAGCGAGUAUAAAAAAAAAAUGACUUUACUUAAGGCCAACAUUGUUACUUAGCAGGUUACAAGCCAAAAGAAAUCAAAGCAAAGGUAUGAAUUCAUUUAUAUAUUUAACCAAAAAAUCUAUGUAACUUUCCUGCUGGUUUAAUGGAUAUAGUUAAAACCAUUGUUUAAAAUGAACAUAUUUAACAGAGGUAAAAAGGGUAUAAGAUUUUUGAUGUUUUUAUAUCACAAAAAGAUUAUUUAUUUGGAUUAUUUAUUUGAACGCUGUGCUGAGCUUUGGUGGAACACCUUACUUACUAAAUACUAUUUAAACAUUGGUACCAUUAGAAGUUUAUAAAAGCCAUUCCAAUUACUUUCAGGUAUGUGUUUUAUCUCUUCCACUGGAAAGUAAAUGUGUGUCAGUAUUAAAGCUGUGCAGUACCAUGAUAUUCACUAACUUGUCCAUCUGCUUCUGUAUGUUUUUGUUCAUUAAUAAGUUGCUUACAAUAUUUCAUAAGAAGGAGUCGGUGUGUACGGCAAAGUGUCUCCAUUUUCUUACAGGUGAUGUCUCUUUUUUUUUUCUCUCUUUUCUAUACAGUGUACUUCCAAUGAACCACAAUACAUAUUUUUUUAAAUGCAGUUUAAUUUACUAUUUUAAAAGAAGUAUUCUUUCAUUUUUAAAAAUGGAAAACAUUUAUUGUGAAUAACGUGUUUAAACAAAAGGGAUUUUGUGGCAGCACUUAGAAUUGUUUUUUUUUUUAAAUUUGUUUAUUGGCUACAGUUUUUUCACAAAAAAGUAUGACCUCUUAAUGUGUUUCAUUGGUAUUGUUAGUGCAGCAAAGUUUAAUUGGCAUAAAAAGUUGGUUAAUAGUACUGUUGAAGUGUGUAUUGUAUAUUUACUGGGGAAAAAAUAAAACAUAUUCACAUUUCAAACCUAUGUUAAAAGAACUUGAGUAAGGAGUCAAUAUGUGAAAAACUGUAAACAAACCGAAACUGGGAACAAUCAGGCAAUAAUAACAUAGACUGAGCUAUAAAUAUCACUGUCCACUUACAGUUCAUUUCAUUUAGUGCUGUUUUUGAGCAAAGUUAUUGGCUCUAUUACAAAUUCACCAAAACUAGUAGCAGCAGUCACUGAAGUCAAUGCUCUUGUGCCUGCUUUGGCCAGUGGUAAAUGUUGGCCAUCACAGGACUGAUCCAAGGGCGCCCAACCCAUGGCCUGAGGACCACAUCCAGCCCACAGAGCCAUGGCAUCUAGGGCAUGGGGCUCCCCACAAGUAGGGAAAUUUGGCAGUGGGGAGCAGUAGCAAUACUGCCACCACUCAACCACUGCCAAAUUCUCAAUCCCCAUGCAGCUGGAUUAGGGCCAGCCUAGACCUCUUCCCUCUAGGUAUCUGGAUCAGGGCCAGGCCACAGCCACUCCCCCCUCACAGCUGAAUUGGGGUUAAGUCAUUCCCUGCCGUGCUCCCACACAGCCGGAUUGGGCCCUUACCAUAUCUUCCCCAUACACCAUUCUAUCCUACUAGCAAGACCCAUCCCAAAGCUAGACUAGGCACUGCCCAUCUGGCCUGUGGGGCAAAAAGGUUGGGCACUACUGGGUUUAUCUAAAGUUUGUCUAUAAUUAGAACAGUUGUAACAAUAAAACUACACUUAUUCAGCUAUACUGGUGCCAAAACUCCAUUUUAGAUGUGCUAGAUCAAUAUAAUACAAGGAUUGUAGACACAUGGUUUGAAAUUGCCAUUUGUCAUAUUGUGGAAGUCCUGCUUUGCACUGGUGUAGCUUAUCUGCACUGGAGUUUUGCACUAGGGCAGCUACAGGUGCAAUAUCCCAUUAUACAUAGACAUGCUCUAAGUCACUUUCUUCUGUUUUUUGCAUAUAUUAUAUGUUUUUUAAAAAAAGAAGAGUGGACAGUGAGAUGUGGGAGGGAAGGUAGAAAUGAAAAAUACGCUUCAGUGGUGUAUUGCUAUAUGGACAGCCAUUUCAGUGAUGCAUAUAUACAUACAAAUGGCAUCUAGCAAUAGCGUUCUCUUCAUGUGUACCAGGUUCCUGAUCCAAACCACUUCCUAAUCAAUGACUCUUUCCAUUGUUUUCUGGUAAUAUCCUCAAAUACAACAGAAAAAUGUUUUGUAACACCUUUGUAAUUGAUGACAAAAAAGUAUAAAAAAGAGAAGCAUG